CGGCCAAAUCGUUCUUACGGGCCGUGCGUUCACCGUUGCCGUGCGGGCUCGCAGGGGUGAAAGUUUGCAGUGGUGAGAGCCCGCAUAUCGCGGACACGCGUGACGCGAAUCACGAUCAUCCCGGAGACAAAACUCCUAAUUUUUCAAAAUCAAUUUUUUUUUUUAUAUCACCGUUAUACCGAUAUAUCAAUUCUUCGAGUAUACUCUAUAAGAUUUUUGAGUGAUUGCGUCAGAGAAACACGUGGAAAAAAACACAGACGUCCAGUAUCCCUCCAACAAGAUACUUUCUCUGUUGAGAAAAAGAAAGGGUUUCCAAGAUGAAAAAGUGAAUAAUUUAAUACUUGGAAGGAGCUUUCUUACUAUAGAAGAGAGAGAGAGAGAGAGAGAGAGAGAAAGAGUUUGUCAAAGUCGAUUCAAAUUAAAGAUCUACUGUAUCUUGUAGAGAGGUAUUAUUAAAAAAGUGAACAUUUUGAAUCUCGGAUCAAAUUAUUCGCUACGAACAUGAAACGCACCGCAACUUGUCAUCGUGAGAUGAUGAUGAUAUUGAUUGCUCAGGAAUAGAUCAAAAUUUGUGUUUGGAUGGCUUGCAAACGAAAGCGAAAAAAGCUUGAGAUACGACGUGCCUAAGGAAAGCUUUUGGAAACCCUGUGCCACUGCGCCAUUCAACAUGGCGUAGCGGCACAAGCUCGAAUAUCAGUGCAACAUAGAGAGACCGAGCAUUAUAACGAGAAUGAAAAUAGUCAUGCGGUAGCAUGGACUAAACGAGAGCUCUUAUAGAGUAUAAGCCCAAUAAAUUUUGGCUCCGAAUUGGGGCGAAGGCAGAUUGAGUACUAUCAAAACAACAGCCCUGGCAUCCAUGGUGAUGAUUCCCGGCGAUGAUCGGGUACAAUCAACACAAUUCUGGCUACAACAAGCUAUUUACCCAGGGCUCGGCAGACUCGAACUACUCGCAGCCGAGCUCAGAUCUCUCGCUGGACGAGGAGAAAGAAAGCUUGCGACGCGAGAAGGAGAGGCAGGCCCUCAAUCAACUCGAAAAAGCCAGAUCAAAGCCGGUAGCGUUUGCAGUGCGGACCAACGUAAGCUAUGACGGAUCCGUCGACGAUGAUUCACCCGUCCACGGCUCCGCCGUCAGCUUUGACGUUCGCGAUUUUCUUCACAUCAAGGAGAAGUACGACAACAAUUGGUGGAUUGGCAGGCUCGUGAAAGAAAAUUGCGACGUCGGUUUCAUCCCGUCACCGGUGAAGCUGGAGGCCUUAAGGUUACAGGCGAGCGCCGCGCGUGGUACGAAGGGCCUGUACUCGACGCGAGGAGGAUCUUCAGGGAACCUUGGCGAGAGUGGUAUGCCCUCACGUGGUUCCACACCACCUACGCCAGGUGACGACAGUGACAGUGUCGGCAACGUACGACCCGGCAAGGCGACCCUGACGACACCACCUGCUAAGGAGAAACGGAAGAACUUCUUCAAGAAGCCGGAAACGACGACUCCCUACGACGUAGUACCAUCCAUGAGGCCUGUAGUAUUGGUCGGGCCGUCGCUCAAAGGUUAUCAGGUGACAGAUAUGAUGCAGAAGGCACUCUUCGAUUUCCUCAAACAUCGCUUCGAAGGCAGAAUUAUUAUCACGAGGGUAAUGGCAGAUAUUUCAUUAGCAAAAAGAUCCUUGCUGAACAAUCCAACUAAAAGAGCAAUCAUGGAACGGUCAACCAGCAGAAGCAGCUGUUUAGCGGAAGUUCAGCAAGAGAUCGAGAGGAUUUUUGAACUUGCUAGAACUCUUCAGUUAGUUGUUUUGGACUGCGAUACCAUAAACCAUCCAUCGCAAUUGGCGAAGACUAGCUUGGCGCCCACGAUCGUUUAUUUGAAAAUUUCUUCGCCAAAAGUUCUGCAAAGGCUGAUUAAAACCCGAGGAAAGUCGCAGAUACGUCACCUCAAUGUGCAGAUGGUGGCCGCGGAAAAACUGGCGCAAUGUCCGCCAGAAAUGUUCGAUGUUAUCCUGGAUGAAAAUCAAUUAGAGGAGGCAUGCGAACACGUGGCCGAGUAUCUGGAAGCAUAUUGGAGGGCGACGCAUCCGCCAGAUUUUACCUCGGUGCCACGAGCCGUGCCUGCACCUGACGCACCGACGGAUACAUACACGCAACGCGUGCCAUCAGGUGCCCCUCAUGAGCCUUAUUAUCAUCGAAGAGGAGCCAGUUACGGUGCCGGGGAUGUCAGCGGCAGUACAAGAAGAUCGCGGCUGGAGCGGAUGGAUCGCGAUCGAGGCGAUCGCAUGGAUCACGAUUAUGGUGAGGAGGAGCACGGCGUCGAUUACGGUAGUGCCUCGAGACGUCGCCAGCAGCAGGACUCGCGCGCUCUUAAUGCUAUUUAGGAGCUGGGGCCCCGGGGCCUGUCGCUACAGCGCUGUCCCCAUCUGCGCACCACCGCCCUAUAAAGAGGCUCGCCUCCCGGUAACGCUACCGAACGUUAGAAAGUGCGCUACCUCGCGAUAAGAUCGCUGCGCUCUGUUAGUGGGGCUGUUUUCCGUCGCGCUAAGAAAAAAAGGGGAAUGAAAAAAAAAGAGAAGAAAAAAUAGGAAUCCGCAGAUCGGCCGACACGCGCCACUGAAUUUAAAAGACGCUAUCAUGUAUCGAUUCUAUCCAGGCGCAUUUUGAAACGAUCUCGAAACCGUUGACGAUUUAUCUUCGCGUACCUGUUCACAACUAGGAAACCUCGCUAUUGAUACGCUACCAGUCGCCAGCAGCGUGCACGCUAUAAUCUCGGAAACACUUGCAUUUUUAUAUUCGCGCUGCUUGCAAAAAAUUAAAACGCCAGAUUUCAUUGCUGUUUAAGUGAAGAACGCGAUUCAGUUGCGCUGUAACUGUUGAAGAAUUUUGUAUCACAAUCGAAACGUGAAUCCUUAUCUUCCGAAAGCUCUUGCAUCUAUGUAUAAUUCAUUAUAAUGUUCACUAUGACUACUAUUCUUUUGCACUACUCGACAUUUUGAUAGCAUUUGCAAUCUCAGCUCAAUUGUAUGAUUACGCUUCAUUAAUAAUGGAUCUAUAAAAGACGAUUUAAUGAUAAGGAUCGAUAAAAGACGAUUUAAUGAAAGCACUGAAAACUUUUUCUUCUUCUGCUUGUUCUUCUUCUUAAUAUGCCAUCAGUCACCAACAGCGUGCACGUGUGGUUGUCAAAACAUCUUUACUCCGAUAACUUACGUCGCUUAUUGUCGAGCAAAGUACGUGCAAUGAUUCUAUGCCAAAAUCGCCAAAAUUUUUGAGCAUUGCUGGACGAAUUUUAUCAGCGUGAUACUAAUUCCACAAUUCAUACACAUAUAUCUAGAAACAUAUUUUCACAUUUGUAUGUCGCGUCUUGCCUCACCAAUCAAUGUCCCAGUUUCAAUGUCGCGUAUUACUCUGGCGAUGUCAUCAACGUGAUUACAGAGUUACGCUAUAUCAUUGACCAUAUACCGAUUACCGAACUAUCUACACGCACAAGCAUCAUCGAAAUGUACUUGUCCAAUAACGUUAUGCUUAAGAACUAUAUUGCAUAGAAAGUACAUGUAAAUCCUCCAUCUCUAAACGAUUAUAUAAUAUUUGCCAAAUGUGUCAACCACUCAUCGUAAUAACUGCUGAUCAUGACGAGAGGCACACGCUACAUUGCAUCUUCUCUCAAGACAUUUCUCAUGGUACUUAACAGUGAAGAAAGCAUAACACGCGUUGUGAAAUCAUUUAAAAAUAUAUACAUCCAGUACUCCUCCGUACGUUAAGUACGUUACACUAAUCGUUCGCAUAAUUAAAUCGACCCUAUACAUUUUUCACGCAAAAUGUUGCAAAACUUACUUUCGAAUAAAUAUAUCUUACUUAAUAAAUAUAUGAUAACGAAAAAUGAUACGGAUAAAGGAAAAAUGAUACAAAAAAAUGAUAAAAUUAUCUGAACAAUUUCAAUUUUACGAUAUUCUCUACACUAAUUGUUGACAUUUAUUGAAAUUAAUUACUAUAAUUAUCGAAAAUCUUCAUAUGUACAUUUCGUCAUCAUAUGAUAUUUGCUAUAUCUUUGAUGUGCAUAACUUCUACUUUUGAAUAUAAAUUGUUUAUCAAAUUCCAAAAUUUAUCACAAUAAGAAUGGACUUUUCUCUGGAUAUCUGCACGCGCUUUUGCAAUUGUCGGAAAAAUUCAUUACGAAUGCUUAAUGAAGAGUUUGAGCGGAUUUUAACGAUUGUUUAGUCAAACGAUCUUUUUAACAGGAAUCCUAGUCAAAUCGGAAUAAUCUUCUUUACCCAUCGUAAUACACGCAGGACAAACUCUAUUUGCGAAAUCAGCUCAACAACACUAGUAGACGCGCGAGAUAAUCGCGUGGGACGCGAGGAGACCAUGACAGAAAGUGCACUUGAAAGAGAGUGAAGAAGAGAGCCCUGGGGCCUUAAAUCCCUGCACCGACUUCUCCCGGGCCCCAUAAUCGAAUCUUUAUGUCGAAUAACGAUCGACGAUCGACGCAGAACUGAAUAUUUCUUGUGAUCGAUAAAAACUGAGACUUAAGAGAGGUACAUUUGACUUCUAUCCUAGAGUUUAAUUACAUAGCUGAAGUGAUAAUGACGAUUAUUCGUAAUUGAAGAAAGUUAAUGAUCGUCUAGAAAGAUAAAUGACCAGCUAAUCUUAAUAGCUAAUAUAAACAGUUAAUUCUGCUAGUAAUCGAAAUAAAAGAGCUUUAAUGAAAUUUCGUAGCUGAUCAUAAAGAUUUCAAUUCGAUCGUCGAUCAUGACAGUGGUUGUAGCCAUCAUAAUUUUGCGAUUGCUUAGGAGCGAUCUGCAGUUAAUACGGCUCCCGAUCUCGAAUUUGAUCGUAGAAAUUGAAAUUCAUCAUCGAUCGCGACCUCGAACGUAGCUGGAUGAUAACGACUUAAUGAUCAACAUAGUGAUAUUUACCAUCAAUCACGUAAUUAAAUUAGACAAAUUAACAUAGAACUCUCUUGAGAAAGUUUUUGAUUUAUGAGGGAAUCCACAGUUAAAUCCUUUGAAAGUUUUCUAAUCGGGCGUGUUUCGCUAUAAUCUGUUUAUAUGUUUUAGGAUUAUACAAAAGCAUACACACUGAUACACACUCCACAUAAAAGAAAACGCUCUGUGUACAUAGGAUACGUAUACAUAUAAAUUGUUCACGCAAAUGAUAUGAUAAAUUUCAUCUAUAUUGCUCGAUGAAUUUUAAUCGAGAUACGAGAAAAUUAAAGAAUAUAACUGUUCAGCGGAGAUGUGAAUAAAAUCUACAAUAUUUUACUUCCCCAUAAAUAAAAUUAUAGACUAAAUUAUGUAUAUAAUUUUAUUUUUUGCUCUACCGUUAUAUAUAGCAAUAUUUUUCAACAUAUAAAGAUUAAUAUGAUUUUCACUAUAGACUUUCAAUACACAUUAUUUAUCGCUCCUGUCUCUC